CAGCGCUGCGCUUGUCUGUGGAGGUUCUGCAGCGGGCAGCGAGCCGCACUGCACACCGACUGAACCGGCAGGGGCGAGGCGGCAUCCAUCAUCGCUAUGGGAAUUAAGCGCAGCGUCCUGAGUGAAUCGAGCCCUCAGCCCGCUCCACCCGGAGACACAGAGUAUAAAACAGAGCAGCCCAGAGCCCCGACCAGCUCCCCCUCCUCCGGUGUGCUGAGGAGGACCGUGGUGAUGAUGAUCAGUAACAUCUAGAGAUGAGACGUGUUACUCAAGCAGACAACUUGGACAAGGACGUUUGCUCGACCCGCAUCCGUGCUCUCUGAUUCAGGAUGAUGUCUGUCAUCCAUGUGUCCGCCGUGCUCCUGUGCAUGGUGGUGGCUGACAUCUCAGCCCGAGCUUUGACCACAUCCACCGCAGACGACCAGCCCCUCCUCUCUCCACGCCACUAUCAGCACACAGACCGGGACUCUGGCACCCAGCUGGUCUGUGACAAGUGCCCAGCAGGCACCUACGUCUCCGUCCACUGCUCUCCGACAACAGUGAGGGAGUGCAGCCCCUGCCCCAGGGGCACCUUCACACGGGGCGAGAACGGCGUCCAGCAAUGCCACCGCUGUCGGGCUCCGUGUCUCGCGGGCUUCAUUGAGAAGGCGCCGUGCACGGCCACCCAGGACCGAGUCUGCACCUGUCCGCCCAACACAUUCCUGUCCAAGGGCGGCGGUCUGGACUGCAAGCCCCACUCCCUGUGCCCGCCGGGGUCCCGGGUGAAAAGGCGCGGCACCGAAAAGGAAGACGUUCUCUGCAAGCCGUGCACGAAGGGCACGUUUUCUCAGGUGGAGUCCAGCGCCAUGAGUUGCAGAAAUCACACGGACUGCAAAGCUCUGGCAAGGCUGCUGUUGACACCGGGGACAAGACAGACGGAUAACGUGUGUGGACCCCCUUCUGCCACUUUGUCUUCUGUCCCCCCGACCACUCCACUGGGGCCUGUACAGGCUGUGUUUGUUCAGGAGACGAUGAUGUCCUCGGUCUCCCCAUCGUUGAAUGGACAUGCACGUAAAGAUCCCUUGAGCCAGUCAGCAGCCAUUCAACUGAGGAAAGCUGUAGGCGGGGAAGACGGAGGAGUGGAGUUAAUGCUUACCCAUUCUGGCGUCCCCACCCCACCAAAUCAGGAAGCGUCAUGGACUCCCUUGUCGGUGGCUCAAAAGCAAGCCAAGGACCUCAAGAAAGAUUUGGGCGAGUCUGAUGCUGAUCCUGAGCCUGGGGCAAAUAAACCAAGAAUGGAGGGUGCAGUAGGCCCAGAAGUAGUUAGGGUUGGAACAGGCAUCAGUAAUGUGGUUAACUUGGGGAAUGCGGGUGAAGCCUCCAAUUACUACAGACCGAAUCGCAGGGGGUCAACAAGGCCGACCAUGCACGAUCAUUUUGACAUCAACGAGCACCUGCCGUGGAUGAUAGUUCUGCUGCUCCUGCUGGUGCUGGUCGUGAUCGUGGUGUGUAGCGUCAAGAGGAGCUCUCGGGUGCUGAAGAAGGGCCCAAUGCAGGACCCAAGCAGCAUCAUGGAGAAGGCAAUUCACAAGAAGACAUCUGGGACUCCAACACAGGCCAGAGAGAAGUGGAUCUACUACUACUCCAAUGGCCAGGGGGUGGACAUCCUGAAGCUGGUGGCGGCCCAGGUGGGCAACCAGUGGGUGGACAUCUAUCAGUCCCUGGCCAAUGCCACCGAACGUGAGGUGGCCGCCUUCUCAAACGGCUACUCCUCUGAUCACGAGAGAGCGUACGCCGCGCUGCAGCACUGGACCAUCCGAGACAGCGGGGCCAACCUGGCCAAGCUGAUCAACGCCCUGCACCGGCUGCGCCGCAUCGACGUGGUGGAGAAGAUCCGCUGCGUCAUGGAGGACAACCCGCAGUUGGACAUCAACCAGGUGACGACCACAGUGAAUGUAAGCCAAAGUCUCAGCCCCAUCCACAAGCUGCUGGAGUCACCCAGCAGCAGCAGCAGCAGCAGCAGCAGCAUGUACCGAGCCGGCGGCGUCGGGCCCAUCCAGUCGCCCAUGGACCGAACCAAAGGUUUCUUCGCCGACGAGUCAGAACCGCUCCUUCGCUGCGACUCCACGUCCAGCAAAGACUCCGCCCUCAGCAGGAACGGCUCCUUCAUUACCAAAGAGAAGAAAGACACGGUUCUCCGGCAGGUUCGCCUGGACCCGUGCGACCUUCAGCCCGUCUUCGACGACAUGCUGCACAUCCUGAACCCCGAGGAGCUGCACGUCCUCGAGGAGAUCCCCACCGCCGAGGACAAGCUGGACCGGCUGUUUGAGAUUGCCGGAGUGAAGAGCCAGGAGGCCAGCCAGACGCUGCUGGACUCCGUUUACAGCCACCUGCCUGACCUGUUAUAGUGGCCGGGUGGAGGAAGAGGGAAUAACUAAUAAAAAUAAAAAAUAAAAAAAGCACACAGAUGUUCAAAGGCAAAGGGAUGGGGUGUAGUUGAGAUUUAGCUCGAGUUGAUUUUUUCAAACCGGUGGAGUUGGACUCAUGAGGCCACUAGUGUAAAACGGCUCCAGCAGGUUAUUUACCUUUGGUCUGCUCCUUCUGAUGAGUCUGGUCAAUCCUGACCACUCCUUCAUUCCUUCUGUAUAAAACCCCCCCUCUGCUGUGUCACAUGACCACCGGUGAAGCUAACCGUGAGGCUCAAAGGCCUUCUGGGUUUUAAAGAGUUGAGUCCAAACGGUGUGAAUUAUGUACAGACUCCACUCAACUAGCACUUUAUUUAUCUGAAACGGCCAACGCCUUCUUGUUUAAAGGACAAUACCGGUGUUUUUUCUUGUUUGUGCCAAUCAUUUAGGCUCUUCUUGCCUUUACUAAUAUUUCAGUGUAAAAGUCAUAUUUAUUAUUAACACAACAGGCAAUGGUACAUAAGCUAUAACUCUAAACAACACUGGUAUUAUUCUUUGAUUUAAGGUUCUUGUGGAUCAAACGGAUUGGGCUGAUUUCUGAGUCAUGUGCCUAAACGUGUUCCCUUCCACAGCCCCUGGUUUUAUUUCCCUCAUGCUGCCUGAUCCUGAGGGUGGGGGAUGGGUGUUUUUUGGUAGCUUGUGACCACCAGCAGGCAGUAGCAUCAUUUCAACAGUCUGACACCAAAUUCAUCAAUUAAAAUGAGUGAAGACUGAAGGAAUGCAGUGCCUCAUACAGCACCUCGAGCUUUUCUGCAUUCGGUCAUGUUACAACCACAAACCCUAUGUUCUUUCUAUGGGACUUUAUAUUAAAGGCCAAACUCAAAGUAGGGUAUUGCUGUGAGGUGAAUGGAAAAGAUACAAAUCAAAAAUUGAAAAGCGUGGUGUGCUGUUCUGUUGAAUUUUCUGACCCAGCCAUGUGUGGGCAUCUCUUAAGAUCCCGUCUUAAGAGAUGGGAUCAUUUGGACCAAACGUGUGCUUUACGAGGUUUUCUUUGUGUGGUUUCUGGAAUUGACGGUCUGACGGCACAACACCCCACCUCCCUACGCUGCUGUCUGACCGUCGUAUUUGCUACGUUCCUCCUCGGCGUCACACUAAGACCGCCAGAGGUUUACAGCUAGUCAGUUGCUUAAAGUUGCUUCAAGAGUGUCUUCACACUUGCAUCCAAAACGCUGUGACCCUGUAAAUCUGAGGUCUUCAUCAGAAAUACCCGUAAUACCAAAACUAAUGAUGAGAAAAGAUACACUGUACUCUAGUUCAGUUGUCUAGAAAGUCCGGUUCAUUUGGGGAGGUGUGAAUGUGUAGGCAAAGUGAUGAGGACCAAAAAAUAAACUCUGGUCCACAUAAAAUCUUGGGCCUGUGUUCGGUUAAAGUAAACUCUGGUGUGGUUUGAAUGCACAUGUGAACACCAAGCGGACCAGAGGUCGCUCCAAAAGCAGGAACUUUGGUUCCCAAUCAAACUCGGUCUACUGGACUAUCAGGUGUGAAAAUACCGUUAAAAAGCUGUUGCACACUGCCCCUCCCCCCAAGGACUAAUGUUUGAGGAUGUUGAAAGACAUGAAUAGCCUAGUCAAAGUC